UCAGAACACGUGAUCCCAGAGAGACCAAAUCAGAAGCUACAAUGUCUUUUGUGAUGCAGCCUCGGAAGUCACACAUCACUUCUGUCAUUCUAACCAACCCGUCAGUGUGGGAGGAUCAAUCCAAAGGCAUGAAUACCAAUAGACAGGGAUCAUCGGGACCCACGUGGGAGGCCCGCUACCGUGGAGGGUCUGACAGUGAUGAUGAUGAUGAUGAUACCUUGGAGAAUCUUAAAAUCUCAUCUUUGUAUGAUAGCCGGUUGUCCAAACUAUAAUAAAAGAGUCAAAUGAAGUUUCUUCCACUAGGUGGCAGUACUUGUCCACAUCCUGACCUUCAUGAAAUAAGCACAUGUUGGACACCGACUUUCUGACAGAUACUAUUCCAGGUGCUGGGGUCUCGGAGAACGGAAAAGGCAUGUUCCUACCGGUGCAGAGUUAACAGCUGAAUCCCACUUUAAUGUCUGCAAGCAACAGUUACUGCAACUUUCAAAGAGUUCAGAAAUGUGGUGCUGCUGUGAAACUACACUUUGGGAACCACUGGUCUGGACCAUGUGAUCUUGCUGUGGUUGUUUUGGGUUGUCUUAACAGUAUGAAGCACUUUGAGGUAGGUGUGCUUGGUAAGAAAUUGAAAUGGACCUUAAAUAAGUGUUGUGAGAUGAAAUUCGGACCAUGCAAGCUAGAAAAAGCAUCUUCAGAAGCUGUUAAAAUGAUUAAAACCCUAUCCAAGGACCAAAUUAAGAUAUAUGGAAUCUGUUGAAAGAAACAAAAUAAAAAUAUAAAAAUAUUCUUGGAAAGCAAACUAGAAGGAAGCAUACAGAAGACAGGGAUAAGGGAUGGGAAGAGCACCAAGGAUUUUCACCAUUUGCUAUGUAAACUUCAGUCUUGUUUGAAUCUGUCACCUCUGUCACCAAGAGAAUGUUUUCAAAUAUGUAUUGUAUAAUUAAGAAAAAUAUUAUUAGGAAUAUUAGAAUCUGGCCCUCAAGAGGAGCCAUGUUCUAUAGCAAGGGCUAGAUAGAAUACUUGAAUAUACUUUAUUUUCUUGAUUCUCAACUAAGGCUGUCCAAGGACAUUAGACAGAUAUAGACUGGAGAUAUUUUGGUCACAACUAGGGUAGGAGAAAAUGGUGCUACUAACAUCAGGGCAGAGGCCAGGGAUGCUGUUAUAUGUCCCACAGCGCACAGGACAGCCCCCACAUGGAAGAAUUGUAUGGCCCAAAAUGUCAAUAGCACUAAGGUGGAGAAACCCUUGUCCGUGUGAUGUGGGCUCACACUGAUGGUUCUCAGACAUUUCAAAGUUGCAUUACACUAUCAUGAGUGCUUGAUUCCACAAUAUCCCUCACGUCUCAUAAGGGUCAUGUAUGUACAUUUCAAAUUUAACAUGAAUUUAAAUUCACUUUGAACUGCAAAUAAUAAAAUGUAGUUCCCUUUCACACAACUGAUAAUAAGUAGAGGUAAGUGGGUAAGUGGAUUUUUUUAUUUUUCAAAACCAGGGGGGAGAUAGUGCCAUAAACCAUUCCAGAAUGUGACUGGUGGGAGGCCCAUGGUCUAGAUCAGUCACCACAGGCAUCAGGAGAGGGUGGCCUGGGACAGAUCUGGGAAGAGAGGGGGAGACGCUUCCAAGUGAUAAGAUGAUUCUGCCAGAUGUCUCCUCAGCCCUUCCAGGGUGAACUGUAGGGUCACUGAUCUCUCUUGAGAGCCACACAAAUUCCAGACAGCUUCCUCUGGUCAGGAAUAGGCUAGCAACUUCAAACAAACACAUGUAUCUGUGUCACUGUCACAGAUUCAGUUAGCAACUUGGAAAAGCAGAUAUAUUACCUAGCAACAGCAUCCUUCUCUCUCCUCACCUUCCACAUCCCCUGGGCUGUGGGCUGCCCUUUAACCACUUCCUGAAGAAGCAGUUUGGCAUAGUGGUUAAGAGAACAGACUCCGGGAGGUAGGACACCUGGGUCCUGAGUCCUGGCUCUACAGCCUUAACUGUGACACCUAAGCUUAGGCAUAUACUUAACCUCUUAGUUUCCUCAUCUAUAAAAUUUAGAUAAUAUUGGUACCUCAUACAGUCUUGGUGGGGAUUUAAUGAGGUAAUAUAUGGUUGGUGCCCAGACCAUAACAAAAAAUAGAUGUUAGCUCUUAUUUUUUCCUACCUCCUAUUCCUUCUUCAGGGUGUCCUUUUAACCAGAUUUCACCAAUACAAAAUGUCGGCACAUCCCCCCCCCCCAACCCCAUAUACAGAUGAUCCCUAUCCCUCUCACUUUUCUCUCCUGCAAAGAAUAAUAAGAUUUGUCUUCCAAGCUCAAAUGAAGUCUGGUAUUCAGACAGCUUUUUUCUAUAUGGGAAUAGCCUGGACAUUCUAAGAAACAGGAUGCUCAGUUCCUUAACACUGUUAAGGAACACUAACAUCUUGACAUCUUUCUUUAAUGAACAAUUAUUCUACCUAGUUAAUUAUAAUGUUUCUUUGGAGUUUUAAUUAAAAGCAUCCCUUGAUCUGUAGAGACUAAGACGCAGUCAGCCAUUAGUAAGUGAAAUAAUUAAUCUUGCCUUCUGGAUUGCCAUCGAGGGUAGGCUGGAUAAUCAGGAUUUCCCAGCAAAUUUUCAGUUAAAUCUGAAAAACUAAAAUAAAUAAUGAAACUGGGCACAGUGCUACUGGCUUUAUCAUGAUGACAAAUUCAGCAAAUUUGCCCUAAAGCAACUCCUUUAGCAGAAAGGAGGCUAACUGAGCUGACUUCCCAGGUCCCUUCCAAAUGAAAUAAAACACAGUAGCUGCACCCUCUUCUUCCAUCUUUGUUUCCUAAACUCGAAUUAUUAGAGCCUCCUUUUCUAGCAUUAUUCCAUGUCCCACCUGAGUUGCACCAUUAUUUAGUUUUCCCCAUAAAUCAACCCACUUCUUAAACUAUAUGUACAUUUGUUUAAAAAGGGAAGCUAUAUAAAGGGAAAACAUACUCAUUUCCAAAUAGAGAGUAAAUGUAAAAAAUAAAUACCAUAGAAACUAAACUUUGUAUUUUUUUUAAAGUAGGCUCCACACCUAAUGUGAGGUUUGAACUCACAACCCCAAGAUCAAGAGUCUCACGUUCUACUGACUGAGGCAGCCAGGCACCCCAACUUUGUAUGUUUCUCAAAAGUUGUUUAAAAUAUCUUUUAAAUUAUUAAUUUAAAAUAAAAAAGAGAAAAUAUAGUAGUAACACAUCUUAUUAACACUGUAUGAAAAACUAUGUGCUAGCUCGUUCAGCUUAAUUGCCUCAGCGACUCUGAAAGGUAAGCAUGGUCUCCACUUGUACAGAGGAUGGUGGAGACCCAGACAAGUGGAGUAAAUUGUCCAGGGUGCUGGAUGGGGUGGGCAGGGCAGGUCCCUGUGAGGCGAGAGUCCUGGAGCACUGCAGGACAGAGACCCCUGGUUCACCUUCUCCAGGCCACCCUUCCAGAAAACUCUCCUCAAAUCCUGCACCAGAUGCCCCAGAAUACACAACAGUGACUCAGGUUUCCACCAAGACUUUCAGAUCUUCUAGGACAAAAGGAAAAAUUAAUACUUGACUCAGGAAAAGUACUGCUGUUUUACAACGUUCAGCUUUCCUGUAAGUCUAGCAGAUCCUGUGCAGCUGGUUAAUGGACAGGAGAGGCACAUAGGAGGCUGAGUGGAUUGGGGAUCUUUGUGACAGAAAAAGAAUGGGGCAGCAGGGGAUGAAGGUGAAGGCAGGCAGCCGCUCUGGGCAGGAGAGAUGGGAGGAAACCUGGGACCGUGAGGGAAGAGAGAGAGAGAGAGGAGAAACAGGCACUGACACCCAGGGAAGAUUCUGAGGAAAGGACAGAAAUAUGAAUCGUUUUCCAUGUGAUGUGUGAUGUCACUCCUCUUCUCCCAUGUCUACUUUUGCAUUCUUUUUCCUCAUGUGCUAAAAACAAUCACAAUAAAAUUUCAGGUGUUUAAGUUUCCAGCUCCUGAGAUGAUCCCACAUCCCUCCAGUAGCACGUGCACCAUGGGAAACCGCCUCUCACAUGCACCUGUCCACUUCUGUGGCUUUCACUUCGCCUCUAGGAUGAUGACUUAGAAAUUCGUUAUUUCCAGCAGACCUUUCCCCGAACUCCAACUCCCCACGUGACACCGCUGUUCAGAUGUCCAGUAUUUCUGCCCUUCCUACAUCAUAGACGCACAGCCCACCUUUGCUGUUCCCUCCGCCCAUUCCCUUCUGUGCUUUGCCCACCUGGCUUCUUGUGCUUAGAUCUCAGCUCAAAUAUACCUCCUCAGAGAAGCCCUCCUGGACCAUCUUGCAAAGUAAACAUGCCUCCACCAGUGACAUCACCCUACCAGUUACAAGACAACCACAUUCCCUAUUUCCUUCAUAGCACAUGUCACAAUGUAUACAUUUUUAUUUAUUUUGUUUACGUAUUUAUUUUGUGUCUUCAUCUAAUAAACUCCACAUGGACAGAGAUUCUGUCUUUUUUACUGAAGAGGUCUUUGCACACCGUAGGUGCCCAAUAUUUGUGAAUUUAAUGCAUGGAAUCUGUGAUGACAGACAAUAAAAGAUUCUAUGAGGAAAAUGUCUUCCGGCUUGUAUCGCCAUUGAUAAGGCCACAUACUAAUAAAUAAAGUUUUACAGCACUUUACCAUUUUAAGAGCAAAUUCUUAUGGCUUAUUGCUAUGGUCUGAAUGUUUGUGUCCCUCCAAAGUUCAUAUGUUGAAAUGCUAGUCCCCGAAGGUGAUAGUAUCUGUAGGUGGAGAUUUUGUGAGGUGCUCAAGUCAUGAAGGUGGAACCCUGAUGAAUGGGAUUAAUGCCUCAUAAAAGAGGCUCCAGAGAGAUCCCCGCCUCCUUCCACUGCGUGAGGACAUUGGCAGAAGGCGCUGGCUGUGAACCAGGAAGAUGUGAUCGUGCUGGCUCCUUAAUCUUGGACUUCCCAGCCUCCAGAACUGUGAGCAAUACAUUUCUGUUCAUACACUGUAGCAGCCCAAACAGACUGAUGGUUGACAGCACUUUUUUUCACCAGAACCUAUCAAGGUAGAUACUAUUCUUACUCCCAUUUUGUCCCUAAGGAAAUGCAAGUUAAAAAGGCAAAUGUAACUGGAGGCACACUAGAUGAGAAACCUGGAAAUGUGCCUGUUCUUAUUAGGGUUCCCAAUCUCCUCGGUUUUCCCAGGACUGCCCUGGUUUUAGUACGGAAAACCCUGCAUCCUGGGGAACCACGGCAGUUUGGUCACUGUAUCUUACCCUGAAAACUGUAAGUAAGAUGUUAGACACUUUAUACAAGCAGAUUCCCUGGCCAUGUAAAAUGUAAUGAGUAAAAUAUGGGGGAUGGGAGUACAGACGAGGUUUAGAACCUACAGAUGUGAAGUCACAUGGUAGUGGCUGCACCCACCCAACCUACCUCAAAGGAAUGCUGGGAGCGGAAGGCACUAACAACCUGAAAAGGAACAGACACUUAGAGAUAUCAUCUGUGCUCCUACCCUGCAAGAUAAAGGUGGUAACUAGAUCAGCCCGGUUACCAAGCCUCAUGCUCUCAGACUGAAUCUGAUCCACCAAAAGUCCAAAAGGUAUUGUGAGCAGUGGGGGGCCACCCACUGCAGGGACCCUGACCAGGAGAAACUGGCUCAUUUUCCCAGAGAGGAAAAUUCUUCCUCUUCCAAUUCAAAACAAUUUGACACCUUUUCCAGUAUCCUGGAAGUCUCAACUUAAUCAUUCUGGUAAUGUAGUCGUAAUAAUUUCGUGUGUGUGUGUGUGUGUGUUGGCAGGGGGUAAUCAUUGCAUGGGUGGCAUUGUCUACUCAUCUAGGUAGAGGCUGUAGUGUUCAUUCAUGUUAUUGGGCAAUUGAAGUGUAGCAAUUAUACAUUACAUUUUGAAAGAGGCAUUUAAAAAAAUCCACCACUAGAUGAUUCAGACUUAAUUAUCUUGUCUUUUCAGCAGCUGAGUUCAAGGCUCAAGUGGAGAACACAUAGCUUCAAAGGCAGAAGGAAUCGAAGGUGCUCCCCAGCGUUGGACGCUUCCUCCACUUGAGAUGCAUACAAAGAUAGUCGGAGUCCUCUGGGGAUGUUUCUUCCUGUGGAAUCUCUACACUUCAUCCGCCCAGACCAUUUACCCUGGCAUCAAGGCUAGGGCUACUCAGCGGGCUCUGGACUAUGGCGUUCAAGCUGGGAUGGAGAUGAUUGAGCAAAUGCUUAAGGAAAAAAACAUCCCAGACUUACAGGGUUCUGAAUCUCUGGAAUUUCUGAAGGUUGAUUAUGUGAACUACAAUUUUUCAAACAUAAAAAUCAAUGCCUUUUCAUUUCUAAAUACUUCAUUAGCCUUUGUGCCUGGGGUGGGGAUCAAGGCACUGACUAACCACGGCACUGCCAACAUCAGCACCGACUGGGAGAUCAAGUCUCCACUCUUCCAAGACACAGGAGGAGCUGAUCUGUUUCUCUCUGGGGUCUACUUCACCGGUAUCAUUGUUCUUGCCCGAAAUGACUUUGGUCACCCAAUCCUGAAGCUCCAAGACUGCUAUGCCCAAGUGAACCAUGCCCACGUCUCAUUUUCCGGAGAACUCAGUGUCCUGUACAACUCCUUCGCUGAGCCCAUGGAGAAACCCAUUUUAAAGAACUUAAAUGAAAUGCUGUGUCCCAUUAUCAUGAAUGAGGUGGAAGCCCUGAAUGCCAACCUCAGCACGAUAGAGGUUUUAACCAAGAUAGACAACUAUACUCUCCUGGAUUAUUCCCUAAUCAGUUCUCCAGAAAUUACUGAGAAUUACAUCGACCUGAAUUUGAAGGGCGUAGUCUACCCACUGGAAGACCUCACUGACCCUCCCUUCUCGCCAGUUCCUUUUGUGCUGCCGGAACGCAGUGACUCUAUGUUGUAUGUUGGAAUCUCUGAGUUUUUCUUUAAAUCUGCAUCCUUUGCUUACUUUACAGCUGGAGCCUUCAACGUCACUCUCUCCACAAAAGAGAUUUCCAACCAUUUGGUUCAAAACUCUCAAGGUGUUGGCAACGUGCUCUCCAGGAUCGCAGAGAUCUACAUCUUGUCCCAGCCCUUCUUGGUACGAGUCAUGGCAACGGAGCCUCCUGUGAUCAGUUUACUACCGGGUAAUUUCACCCUGGACAUCCCUGCCUCCAUCAUGAUCCUCACCCAGUCCAAGAACUCAACUGCUGAAGCCAUCGUUUCCAUGGACUUUGUUGCCAGUACCAGUGUUGGCCUGGUUAUUUUGGGACAAAGACUGGUCUGCUCAUUGUCUCUGAACAGAUUCCGCCUCUCUUUACCAGAGUCCAAUCGCAGCAACAUUGAGGUCUUGAGGUUUGAGAAUAUUCUGUCCUCCAUUCUCCACUUUGGUAUCCUCCCACUGGCCAACGCAAAACUGCAGCAAGGAUUUCCGCUGCCCAACCCACACAAAAUCUCCUUUGUCAAUUCAGAUAUUGAAGUUUUUGAGGGUUUCCUUUUGAUUUCCACCGACCUGAAGUAUGAAACGUCCUUAAAGCAGCAGCCAAGUUUCCAUGGUUGGGAAGGUCUGAACUUCAUAAAUGGACAGUGGAGGGGGAAGCCAGCUGCUUGAUUGCCUUCUGGGAGUCCACUCCAGGAAGUAGAUGGCCCUUAAUCCCACAGCUACUGUAAACCCGGAAGGGGCAGACAGUACACACUGGGUUGUAAGCCCUAGUGAAAUGCUUAGGCUGACAGUUUUCUUUCUCAAACCCUCAGGGAAGAGGGAGGCAAACUGGGCUAAAGAGCUAAAUCAGGGUGUGUGUCUCCACGUGUACGGAGGGGUGGGUGUUUGGAUGUGUGUUCGUGUUUGAAUGCACAUUUGUGUGCUCCUGUGUUAAUAAGGUGCUGGGGCCAAGAGCUAGGCCUGCGCUUCUGAGGAGGUGCCUGAGAAACUGAUUUGCGUGACGGCUCCCUUGAGCUCUUUCAGCAACCCAGGGUUUCCCACACUUCCCCGCAUAUUGGAUUUUAUGUUUUAUAUUUACUGCUACUGUCCUCUGUUUUUAAUAAACUUGUUUUCUAUCAAUGUCAA